GGGAUGGACAGUUUAAUUAAUAACCACCUUCCUCUUCUCUCUGACCUUAGCUGGUCACACAUGUUUAAACUGAAGCCCAGACUCGAGAUUGGUGUAUUAGAAAAUAUUUAUGGAUGCUGUAUAGCUAAGAGCGUGGACAUCUGGGAACACAGGCAACAAGCAGAUCCAAAUCGUGGGAAUCAUCCCGCUAGGAGAAGGCAGCUCAUCUCUGUGUGGGAGAGAACGCUUGACAGGCAGGCCCAGAAGAGUAUUGAAGACAUCUUCAUCAGGUUACAGCGGGAAACAGACACAAACUUCCGUGCGGCUCACUUUGACUUAACAAGCUUACUUCAUGAAUGAGUGGGUGGGCCACGACAUCGGCGUGGUGGGACCACUACAAAUCCCACCCACAGAUGAAUUCGCCAUCACGGAGAACUCCCAUUUGUUUGAUAUUCUGGCAGAUCAGAGCAAUCCUCUGCUACAAGAUCCUGACAUGUUACCAUUCGGCAGCUACCCGGGCAUGCAAUACUCAAGCAUGGAGCCAACUGUGCCCACACCGUAUUACUGCAGUCAGAACUACUAUCCCCAGUACAAUGGAGAGGAAUGGUACUCCCACACUAGCCUGUAUGAAUUGAGAAAAACAACACUGGACGGCAGCUAUGACGGUGACAGGGAGGAGGUAUCUGCUGUCAUGCCGGCUGUUUGCAAGAGGUCUCGUCAUACGUCACAGACUGGACGCAUCAAAGGGGAGGAGCUUUGCGUUGUGUGUGGAGACAAGGCAUCAGGCUACCACUAUAAUGCUCUCACCUGUGAGGGCUGCAAAGGUUUCUUCAGACGAAGCAUAACAAAGAAUGCCGUGUACAAGUGCAAAAGUGGAGGAAGCUGUGAGAUGGACUUGUACAUGCGCAGGAAAUGCCAGGAAUGUCGACUCAGAAAAUGCAAGGAGAUGGGGAUGUUGGCAGAGUGCCUGCUUACAGAGAUCCAAUGUAAAUCUAAAAGGCUGCGGAAAAACAUGAAGGGACAGUCAAAUGGAGAUGAGACUGAGGGGGCAGACAGCAAACAAGUCACAUCAACCACCAAACUGUCAAAGGAAAAAAUUACCAAAGAGCAGCAAGCAUUCAUGAGGGCCAUCGUAGACGCCUACAACAGACAUCAAAUUCCUCAAGAAGUCACCAAAAAACUGCUACAAGAGGAAUACAGUGCUGAAGAAAAUUUUCUCCUCUUGACAGAAAUGGCAACAAGUCAAGUCCAAGUUCUGGUGGAGUUUACAAAAAAUAUCCCAGGCUUUGUGUCCCUGGAUCAUGAGGAUCAGAUUGCUCUCCUUAAAGGUUCAGCAGUAGAAGCCAUGUUUCUGCGCUCUGCCCAGGUUUUUAGCCGAAAGAUGCCGAGUGGACACACUGAAGUCUUGGAAGAGAGGAUACAUAAGAGUGGUAUUUCAAAGGAGUUCAUCAUACCAAUGUUUAACUUUUACAAAAGUAUUGGUGAACUCCACAUGUUGCAGGAGGAGCAAGCCCUCCUCACUGCCAUAACCAUCUUGACACCAGAUCGACCUUACGUAAAGGAUCAACAGGCUGUCGAGAACCUGCAGGAACCCAUGCUGGAUGUGUUGAGGAAGCUGUGCAUUUUGCAGCAUCCACAGGAGCCUCAGUACUUUGCACGUCUGCUGGGCCGGUUGACCGAGCUGAGAACACUCAACCACUAUCAUGCAGAAAUGCUCACGUCAUGGCGGAUGAACGAUCACAAAUUCACACCAUUACUCUGUGAGAUCUGGGACGUGCAGUGAAAAGCCUCAUGGGACGGAACAUAAACAUCUUCAACUUAAAAGGUGGUCCACAAUGGUGCAGAUCAACUGAUAUACACAUGCUUCAAAUAAACUAUUGUACAACUA